CGGCUUAAUAAGUAUGGAACACUGUAUCUCAACAGAGAUUGAGAAAAGUAUUAAACUAGUCCAUUUUGUCAAGGAAUGUCCUGAUUGUUCGGAUUUUCCCAGAGAUCAGGUAUGUGGCAUCCAUCCAGAUGGUGAAGGAUUCAGAGUCAGAACAUUCAAGAACGAAUGCGAACUCGAAAAGUACAAUUGUGAAGUCAAAGAAAAUUUUACAAUCACUGAUUACUUUAUUUGUUCUAACAAUGCGAACGCAGAAGCCAAUGAAAGAGAUAACAAUAAAGAGAAAUUUCAAAAUAUGUUUAAAAAACACAAAGACUCUGCAAAUGAAACAACUAAUGAUGACAAACUUCAUACGAUGAUUGAAGAAAAUACUGUAAAUAAUACCAAUAAAUUUAAAAAUCUAAUGAUUUUACAUGGACCUAUGUCACUAGGUGCAAAUAUUAAUAAAAGUUUUGCAGAUUUCUUUAAAUUGACUCAUAGUUAUGGUAUACCAAUGCAAAGGUUGAAGCUUAAUUUCAACGACACUACAAGAAGGAAUAUAAUUAAAAAUCUGGGUCCGCUCAAACUGUUCAAACCUCGGUAUAUUAUACCGAAGGAAAUCAAGGAAGAUCACUGGCACUUGCCCACAAUAAACACCUGUUUUCAUAAAUGUCCAAAGAAAUGUCCGGAUGUUUACCAACCGGUAUGUGGACUGAAAGGGGACCACAGCAGGUGGCCUAAUAUCUUUUUCAAAAACCACUGCUUCCUGGACGCAGCUCAGUGCAAGUUAUUCUGGUCAACUCCGAAUGAUACUCUUGCUGACUGGUACGAAGCGAUUAAGUUGAUGUCCUCAAAAGAUAUUACAUCGGAAAUAAGUGUUGUCUACAGCCUGGGACCUGAACAUGUACCGAGAAGCGACUGACGGGAAAUAUAAUCUGGUACCAAAUAGAUAGAGGAAGAAGUGAGCAAACCCGUUUCUAGGAAAACAUUUUAAGAUUUAAAACA